AUGGUUGACUCCAAGGAAACCUCCGAGUUCUCGGAGAAGACAGAAGCCUUCUCACAGUCAGAGAUCGAGGCGCGGUUGCGAGAAAACCGCCGCGAGAGGGAACAACGCCAACUUGCCAUCAACAGCACCGUCUCGCUCGAUAGCCUAGUCAUUCCACCGGAUGAGGACAUUCGCAUUCUUGUCAGGCCGAUUCGAGGACGAUCGGUCAGUCCGGUUAGUCUUGAUAACUGCAGGUGGCUAGCUUUGCGCGCCGAGGUUAAAGCAGAAACGGACCAGGCUCAACACCAGGUGCUUGCCGUUACGCAAACGUCCCGGGAUAUCAAGUUCUCCGUCCGAAUUCCCGGAGAUAUGACCAUGCCUGCGCUGUGGUGCGAGCUCUAUUAUGAUCCGGCUAGCGAUAAGGUUAUCCUAGUCAAUCGUUCCAGUCAUCCCUUCAUCCUAUCUCGGGCCUCCACUGCCGCUUUAGGGGACAUCGAGGAGUACGAGGUCAAUCCAGGCUUCAACAAGGACGUGUUUCCGGGCACUUGGAGGAUCAGAUUCUACCGUUCCGAGGUGCUUGACUUUCGUAUCCUUGAGAAGAAGCCAACACUUUUCCGAAUUCCCUCUAUCGAUUCAUCAACACCCACUCAGCUUGUGAGAAAGCGCACCUUUUUGGGCGAUGAGGAAGAUGAAAACUCAAGCAACAAAAAGCUCCGAGCAUCCGAGGACAUCGAAAUCAAGAAAGAAGAAAGUGACAUCAAGAAGGAAGAUGGUGUCAUUAUGUUCUUACCAGCAAAGACAAAGCCGCUCGUCUUCCCGAUCCCGACUGGGGAGAAGAAAGAACUUGUCUCCGCGAACGGCAGAAGAGAGCUUAUUGCAUCCGGUGGCAACCUCCUUCAAAUUCAACCUGACGAGAGGGUCCAAGUUACCGGUGGUGGCUGCGAGCUCGACGAGUACACACUCACAAAGAAGUCAGACAUUGCCUCGUCAAGCUUGUCGAGCGUCUUCACGGCCGACUACUCAAAUGUCCCAGAUGGAGUCAUUGUUGUCAAGGUGCUCAAGACCCGAACUCCCGCCACCAUCAACAACACCGCUAUGGAAUCCAGGAACGUGAUUCACCAAGCCGACGUCUGGCUUAGGGAACUUCAGUAUCAGGAGGAUCUCCAACACAAGAGCAUCGUACGUCUCUACGGCGGCGACGCUCGCUUCCUGUCUUUAUAUAUGGAGCACGUGGAUGCGCGGGAUCUAGCGUCCAAGGGGAUGUGGCGACGGAUGGAGAACGACCGUUUUGCCGGUGACCGAUCAGACGCCAAGCGCAUCGUCCGGGACAUUGCCAGUGCCCUGCAUUACAUCCACGGACGUGGUCUAAUCCACAAUGACAUCAAACCCGCAAACAUCCUCUAUAGUAGAGAGCGCGGGGCCGUUUUGUGUGACCUCGGCUUAUCGACCCGCGCCAGAGAUCCCCCUUCAAUUGGCGGUACACCAUGGUACAUUCCACCAGAAUUCAUCGCUCUGAAACAACGUGGUGCUCCCAGCGAUGUUUGGGCCCUUGGAGUUACCAUGCUGUACGUCAUGGGCAAGAUCGCCUUCCCAGAUGCUCGUGGCAACAGAGCGCAUCCGCAACACCUUCACUGGCUUAUCGCCAAAGUUCACCCAAACCCACGCGAUCGGAACCCUCAACCGAGCGCUGUCAAACACAUGCAGCAAUGGCUGGGUGAAAUCAACAUAGCUCGUGCACAGCUCAAUACGCAAGAUGAACAGGAGAGGCUUGUGUACGAUAUGCUAUCACCAAACCCUAACCAGAGAAUCACAAUGAGGGAGAUCAUGGCCAGAGUCCACGACCAAAUCACGGAGCAAUGA